UUUACCCGAUCAUUUGAUGUCGAGGCACGAUGAUGAAGGAUCAUCGCGACCCUGACACUUAGCCCUCCGUCUCCAUACUUGCUCAGAUGUUGUUCAAUGCUCUCAUAGGUAGAAUAACACUAGGAGACCUAUCCGAUUAUACCUCGAGUAUCCACUCUCCACAGACAGAGCACGGAGGACGACCUGUCCAGCAAAACCACUCUAGUCUACCACAUUCCUUUUAUCCACCACCACCCACAGUACACCUCGUCCAAGCCACCGAUCGUCUUGCACAAAGAGAAAAUGUGUGUGUUGUAGUGUCUGUGUGUGAGUGAGGCACUAGAGGGAGACCUGAUAACAUAGACUUGAGCAGCUGCCGCCCUCCCUCCUCCUACCCAACCCAAUCAAUAGUCAACGCAGCCAUCAGUGCAGAAACGGUCAGCCAGGGAACGCGCGCCCCCUUAAACC